GUAAAGUCAGCACCAAGCUGGCUGGCUGGUUCCACAGACAAAACAAUCUUCUUUCCAGGUCCCCAAUCUCGAUCGAUCCAUUAAGCUCGGCAAGUUUCUCAACUUCAGCUCCUGCCUUUGAUCAGUUUCCUCUUUUUUUGGGACGUGUCCUCCUCCUCUGAGUAUUAACAAGAUGCAGCUUGAUGGUGGUCCUGGAAAAGUCGUUAUCACGCACAUCCUCGCCGCCUCCUUCUUCGGAUUCAUAGCAGCCGCGGCCGCACAAUACUACCGGCAGAGGUCUAGGCCAGCCAGAGACAAAAAAAUUAUUCCACGGCUAGAAAGGACAGAAUCCGGCCGUGUCGGAAAGCUCGAGAGAUUCUCCCAUUAUGUUGCUCGGCAAAUGGGAUUUUCAGAUGCAAAUGAAUGUCCCCAACUAUGCAAGUUGGCUUACGAUUAUUUGAAAAAACCCAAAGAGUGCGAGGAGAGAAUCUAUGCAUUUUUCGCGAAUGAACCAGACGCUGAGUCCCUCUACGUGAAGUUGAUUGAGGAGUUUGAGAAAUGCAUCCUCAGCUAUUUUGCAUUCCAUUGGGGUCAUGCUUCUUUUAUGAUUGGUCAGGUUUUGAGCAGCGAAUCCGGCCAAAAAACAAAGCUCAAAGACAUGAUCUUGGCUGUAACAAGGAAACAAAGAGUUGAAAGGGUGACUAAGGAUUUGAAGGUGACAAGGGUGUUCAAUACAUUGGUGGAAGAGAUGAAAGCAAUCUGCAGUGCAUCUAAGGGUACUACUGAUGAAUCAAAAUGUACAGAGGUUAUGGUGCCAGUGGCCCACAGCGAGAGGAGUCCGGUGCUGCUUCUCAUGGGUGGUGGCAUGGGUGCUGGCAAGAGCACUGUCCUUAAAGACAUUCUUAAAGGACCAUUCUGGUCAGAAGCAGAGGCAAGUGCCGUGGUAGUAGAGGCAGAUGCUUUCAAAGAGACCGACGUUAUCUACAGGGCCCUUAGCUCUAGAGGCCAUCACACUGACAUGCUUCAAACCGCUGAACUGGUGCACCAAUCUUCCACCGAUGCUGCCUCAUCACUGCUAGUAACUGCACUGAACGAAGGACGGGAUGUUAUAAUGGAUGGCACUCUGUCAUGGGAGCCCUUCGUUGAGCAGACCAUUGCUAUGGCUCGUAAUGUACACAAAUGCCGCUACCGCAUGGGGAUAGGCUACCAGGUGGCCGACGAUGGCACCAUUACUGAAAAUUACUGGGAGCAGGUAGAAGAAGGAGAAGAAGAAGAGGAAGAACAACCAAAACAAAAUGGAAGAGCCACCGUUAGAAAACCUUACAGAAUAGAGUUGGUUGGUGUGGUUUGUGAUGCUUAUUUAGCUGUUGCCAGGGGCAUCAGGAGAGCUAUAAUAAUGGGAAGGGCAGUGAGGGUUAAUUCACAGUUGAAGUCCCACAAGAGAUUUGCGAGUGCGUUUCCAAGAUACUGUCAACUUGUCGAUAAUGCCAGACUCUAUUGCACCAAUGCUGUGACUGGUCCACCCAGGUUGAUAGCACGGAAAGAUGGAGAGGACAGGCUGCUGGUCGAUACAGAGGAAAUCAAAUGUUUGACAGAAGUAAGCAGUUUGAAUGCUGAAGCAGAAUCCAUAUACGAACUUUACGCGCACCCGAGCCCAAUAUUCGAGCCUGGUUCCAUUUGGAAAGACAUUGUUUUGUCCCCUUCGAGACCUAGCCUUCAGUUGGAGCUAAGGGCCCGUAUUCUUAAAAAUGAAAAUGCAAAAGGAAUAAUAUAAUCCAUUCUCUUGCUUUGAAUAUUUUGCAAUGUUUUGCCUUUUGAGGAUUAAUGUGGGAAGAAGGUAGAUUGAAUUAUGGGAACUGAAACUUUGUGUUUAUUGAUGGAAUUAAGCUGGAGUUUUGUGAAUAUAUCCAUGCAAUGGAGCUUUGAUCUUCAAUCUAA